AUGCCACGGCAGCUGACCUGUCGUACAAACAACGGCCGUUUCAGGGAAAACGUGGCCCCACCCACUCCGCGUGACGUAGUGACGCCCGCCAAGGGCUUGCCACAGAUUGGCUAUUCUCACUCACUUGCUACUGCCUGCCGUUGCCCCAAGGAGGAUCUGGACCUCGGGCAAUGACCGAGGACGAGCGACUUCAAUAGCACUUCCCAUCAGAGCAUUGAGCACAAUGCCACGAAGCGGAAUAUUACAAUAUCUAAAAAGUCGUUGUGAUUGAUUUACGGUCUGCACAGCACGAUGGCACGCGGAGAGGGUGCGGAGCCGCACGCUGCGACUUUACUGCCAAUCGAGCCUUUAAACACCGAGAUCAAGACAGCGAAGCCAAAGGACCAGAGGAAUCGUCUGACCGCGUGGAACAAACUGUGCUACGGCAUCGGUGGAGCUCCCUACCAGAUCACCGGCAGCGCUUUGGGCUUCUUCCUGCAGAUCUACCUGCUGGAUGUGGCUCAGCUGGAUCCCUUUCAUGCCUCAAUCAUCCUCUUUGUGGGCCGGGCAUGGGACGCUGUAACAGACCCCACAGUGGGUUUCCUGGUGAGCCGGAGUAGAUGGACGGGCAUCGGACGAAUGAUGCCCUGGAUCCUUUGCUCUACUCCGUUUGCCGUGCUGACCUACUUCCUGAUCUGGUACGUGCCUCCUUUUGAGCAGGGGAAGGUGGUCUGGUACCUGGUCUUUUACUGCCUCUUCCAAUCAAUGCAGACGUGCUUUCACGUGCCGUACUCGGCGCUCACCAUGUUCAUCAGCCACGACCAGAAAGAGAGGGACUCCGCCACCGCCUACCGUAUGAUGGUGGAGGUGCUGGGCACGGUGCUGGGCACAGCGAUCCAGGGACAGAUAGUAGGCGGAGCCACAAACUGUCCCACCGAGCCGGGUGACGUGGACGGUGGAAACUCAACCAACACGUCCACAGUUUCACUGGACGAGACGAAACAAGCCUACUUGAUCGCUUCAGGCGCCAUUUGCAUCAUCUACGUCCUCUGUGCGGUGGUCUUGUUUCUGGGUGUGAAGGAGCAGAAAGAGAGCGGGCGGCCAAAGACAGUGCUCACCUUCAGUCAGGGCCUGUGGCUGGUGCUGAGCUACGGACCGUACAUCAGACUAGUCAUCGGCUUCCUCUUCACCUCUCUGGCCUUCAUGCUGCUGGAGGGAAACUUUGCCCUUUUCAUCACCUACGCUCUGGGCCAUAGGAAAGACUUCCAGAACAUUCUACUGGUCAUCAUGCUUUCCGGGGCUCUAACCAUCCCGUGGUGGCAGUGGUUUCUGACCCGGUUCGGGAAGAAGAAAGCGGUUUACUUCGGCAUCUCGUGGGCGGUACCCUUCAUGGUCCUGAUCGUCGCCAUCAAGAGCAACCUGAUCGUUUCAUACGUGGUCUCGCUGGCGGCGGGUGUGAGCGUGGCGGCAGCUUUCCUCCUGCCUUGGUCAAUGCUUCCCGAUGUAGUGGAUGACUUCAAGGUCAGAAACCCGGAUGUUAAUGGUCACGAAGCCCUCUUCUACUCCUUCUACGUGUUCUUCAUCAAGUUCGCCUCUGGAGUGUCCCUGGGUGUCUCCACACUCAGUCUGAAAUUUGCCGGCUAUGUGACUGGCAGCUGCUCACAACCGGAGGCGGUCAGUUUAACGCUGAAGGUGCUGGUCUCUCCUGUGCCGAUCUUCCUCAUAGCUGUGGGACUGUUGAUAUUGAAGACGUACCCUAUUGACGAAGGAAGGAGGCAGAGCAACCGAAAACUACUGCAGGAAAGGCUGGACUCUGAGUCUGAAACUUCAGCGCUUGGGAGCGAGGUGUAACCGCAGAGGACGAGCCAACCGCCAAAGCCGCUUUAAAAAAACGGCUCGCACAGGCCGUCAAGGGUCACGACCUGGAAUAACGCAGGAGAAACCACCCAGCCGCCGCCAUCCAAACACGAUCCAUUAACUAGCUCGCACCAAUGGAUCACACUCGCCCUCUAGUGGCAUCUUAUUGUGUGGGACACACACUGUCUUUUUUGUGGCCUUUAUCUGCUGCCGUGUCCCAACUGAACUCAUCUCCUAAAACUAAAGCACAACACAAUUCUCUCAUCAUUGCAGGAUAUUAUUGUCAGGUAGUGUAGAACCUUGUUGCUUUCACCUCCAAAUACAUAUUUUUCCCCUUAGAGGUUCUUAACUCUUUAGGUGAAACUGAGCACUUAUCUUUUAAAAGGAAGUCCUGUUAUGUUCUGUUACUGGUCCUAUUCGCUUAUACGAGCAGUACUUGUUUCUAUCUCGCUGUUGGGUUUUCCUCCCACCGAGAAAUCAAAACUGUUUUUGCAGAGAUGCGUUACUGUAUUGUUUACUGAGAUGUUAUUUACCAUGACUGAUUGUUAGCAGCUCAACCAUUUCUUGGUGCGUUGCAUACUGGGUAUUUUUACACUCACAGUUCAUACUGAAAUACAAGGUCGUGUUUGGGAGACAGCUUUAGAUCUUUGGUGUUUCUUGUUAGGUAUUUAUUUGUUGGUGUGUGUGUGUUUACUUAUCUCUUAAGACUCUAUUGUUUAAACAAUGCUCUGAAGGAAAUGUACACUACCACUCCAUACCAUACCAGCACUAUUCCACUAAUUGGAGUUGUAUGGCGCUGCACAUUUUCUACUUUUCAUUAGGUGUCGCUGUUAUUAGAUCAUGUAAGAAAGGCCUGAAACAAUAAGUGGUCUUGAAUCUUCUGAAGGGGGAAAAGCAGCUCGUGGUAAAAUGCACUGCAUGUCUGAAUCACUGCCUUACGCACAUACCAUGGACAUGUUGUUAUGAACUUUUUACAGAUUAUUUUCCUUUUUUGCUACCGAGGAGGGUUUUGCCAUCCCACCUUUUUGUGCUUCAGCAUUGCAGCCAAUCUCUGGCAGGUUUAAUAGACAUCUGUGAAUAUGCUUUUGCUGCAAAGUCCACCCCAGCAUCCAUUUAAUCGAGCAUUUUCUCAUUUCAUUUCCCAAAGACUUUUAUUUAACUAUUUAUUUGAACUAUGCGAAGGAUGAUCAUUUUGCGCAUAAAAGCACAUGUGUAUGACGUGUCAACAGUGACGGGUUGUUGAUGAAUGUGAGUGAUUUUUUAAGUUGUGUGUGAAAGAUUGAGAACAUCAGAGUUGUAUGUUGGUUUAUUUAAGAAAAGAAAAUGACACAAAUUGCUCUAAUGUGACAAACAAGCUGCUUCUGCUGGUGUUGUUACUAUUUAAAAUCAACUGCUCAAACCCAGUUCAUUUCUAAUGUAAAGUUAACGGAGCAGAGUCACAUGAUGCCUUUUAUACAUCCUCCCAUCCGUAUUGGUUAAGUUAUUAAGAUUCUAGAGAAAUGUAUUUUACUUGAUGUAUCAGAGUUUUCAUUUGAAAUUGCUCUGGAUAAAGCACAUCACCUUUGGGUAUUCAUACGAGUCUAUAUGUGUAAUAUGUAUAUAGUGUUUUCCUAUUUUGAUCAGCAAAGAGAUCCAUUAAUGUGCUGUAAGGUAUUUCGAUGAAGCCUGUGAAUAAAGUCUGGCAAAAAAAAGAAACCUG